CUGUUCUCUUGCUUUGGCGAGCACGAGCAACCACUUGACUUUCCUUUCCUCCAAACAAAGACAUGACAGAGAAAUCAAGAUAGACUUCUCAUGAAACUAGUGAAUAUUAAAAGAAAAAAAACCAUGACAAUGGAAUGGGAAGGCCAUCAAGAGAAUGAAACCCACAGAGAUAUCGUGAAUGUAAAUGUGAACAAUGGUGGAUUGAUGUAUGUGAAAGUGAUGACCGAUGAGCAGUUGGAGACUCUCAGGAACCAAAUUGCUGUUUAUGCCUCCAUUUGUGAGCAGCUCGUUGAGAUGCAUAAGAACCUCACCGCCCAGCAAGAUCUUGCAGGUGAUAGGCUGGGGAACCUCUAUUGUGACCCUUUAAUGGCGUCUGGUGGGCACAAAAUUACCGCUAGGCAGCGGUGGACUCCGACACCUGUGCAGCUUCAGAUUCUGGAACGUAUCUUUGAUCAGGGGACUGGAACUCCGAGCAAGCAAAAGAUCAAAGAGAUAGCCUCGGAACUGAAGCAGCAUGGCCAAGUUUCUGAAUCAAAUGUCUAUAACUGGUUCCAAAACAGACGGGCUCGGUCUAAGAGGAAGCAACUGGGGUCAUCAUCCAAAAAUGCUGAAUCAGAACAGGAGACCGAAGUCGAGUCACCGAAUGAGACGAAGACGACGAAGCCUAAGAAUCUUCUCUCUCAGCACAACCCUGCACUUAGAGUUCAAGAACUGUGCUUCCCAAACCCUGAGAUAUCCUCUGAAUUGCAUUUCUUGAGUGUAAUGUCCAAUCCAAAUGCAUACAACGUAGAUGAUCAUUUGUCUGGAAAAAUGGGAAUUCCGGGGACUUACGACAUUUACGACCAGGCGGAAGAUUACGGCAUGGCAGGGUGAGACAUUACAGUCAGGUUGAGCAAACAUGGCGUCCAAGACUCUGGUUGUUGGACCUGUGGAGACGAAAGAAUUCGGUUUAAUCAUGGAACAAUAGCAUGCUUAACAUAGUAAAGCUAAUUACUUCCUAGUAUGAUUGUGCCAUUGUGAUUUGACUUUGUUUUCUUGGUUGUUUCGUUAAUAGGAGGAAACCCAUGAAUGUUUUGGCGAGUUCUUCCUUGAAAUUAUGAUCGUGCUUGAUUUU